AAUUCUUAUACAGUCAGACCAAGCGUCAAAUGAAAAGGUUACAGGAUUGCUAGGACUUGGUAAAUCAUAAAAUUUAAAGUUCCCUAUAUCGUUUAAUUUAUUCGAAAAGAAAUAAAUGGUGAAUCGUUAAUAUCUUCUUUAGUUAUCAAGGAUGGCGUCAACGGGUAGUACACCAUUUCCUAAGUGGCAACUUGCCAUUCUAUUGGGUGCUCCUUUAGCUAUUGGGUUAGGUUACCUUUAUCUAAGGAAUAGAUUAGAAGAUCCUGACAAGAAAAAAGAAGCCGAGUUAAAGGCAAAAGCAACAAUUUCAUUGGAUAACGAAGAUAAUGCGAAGGCAUCCGAAAGCGCUAUUGACCGCGCUAUGAAGUUAAAGGGUGCCGGAAACCGAGCUUUCCACGCAUGUGAAUAUGAUAAGGCGAUUGCUCUGUACAACGAAGCUAUUGAGACAUGUCCACCAGAUCGUCCCGUUGAUCUCGCUACCUUUUAUCAAAACCGCUCGGCUUGCUACGAGAAACGUGAGAUGUGGGAGCAAGUAAAAGAAGAUUGCACAUUUGCUCUCAAACUUAACGAAAAAUAUGUGAAAGCCUUCCUUCGGCGGUCUAGAGCCGCAGAAAAGAGUGGGGAUUUAGUCCUUGCUCUGGAAGACGUUACUUCUGCCUGUAUCCUCGAAAGAUUCCAAGUGCAGAGCUCACUGGUUAAUGCUGAUAGAAUUCUUAAAGCUCUCGGAAGACAGCAUGCACGAGAAGCAUUAGCCAAGAGACGUCCUGUUAUGCCAUCAAAACACUUUAUUAAAACAUACUUCUCUGCAUUUUCUGAAGAUCCCAUUGUUAAAGUAGAAUUAGAGGAAAAUGCAACCCAUGGUUUUGCUAAAGCUAAACAUGCUCUAGAUUCAUUAGACUAUGAAUCUGUGGUUGAUGCUUGCACUGAAGAGUUAGACUCCAAUGGAAAGUAUAAGUUUGAAGCUUUACUUUUACGAGCUACAUUCUAUUUGCUGUUGGGUAGACAUGACGAAGCUCUGACCGACCUGGCUGCAGUAAUUGAUAGUGAUGCUCCAGUGAAAGUAAGAGUCAAUGCUCUCAUCAAGCGUGCUUCACUUUUCACUCAACUGGAAAACACCGAUCGUUGUUUAGAAGACUUUGCUACUGCAGCUAAGUUGGAUCCUAACAAUUCCGAUAUAUACCACCACCGUGGUCAAGUUUAUCUUCUUUUGGAACGAAUGGAUGAAGCUACCGCCGAGUUUGCAAAAGCAGUUGAACUGAAUCCUGAUUUUUCGAUUGCUUACAUACAGAAAUGCUAUGCUGACUACAGACAUGCACAAUUGCAUAAAAAUGUCACCGCCCUGACCCAAGUACGAGCUGACUUUGAGCGUGCUCUUGAGAGAUUCCCACGUUGUGCUGAGGUAUACAUUCUAUAUGCUCAAGUCCUCUCCGAUCAACAAGAAUGGGGCCAUGCGGAGGCUCUGUUCGAGUCUGCAUUGGCAGUGGAUCCCAGCAAUGCAACAUUAUAUGUACAUAAGGGAUUGGUCCAGUUACAGAAGAGCACAGAUUUUGAUAAAGCUGUUAAAUUAAUUAAUAAAGCUAUCGAAAUUGACGAUAAAUGUGACUUUGCAUACGAAACUCUCGGAACUAUUGAAGUUCAAAGGGGCAACUUAAGAAGGUCACUGGAACUAUUUGAGAAGGCCAUCGCAUUAGCUAAGACGGAACAGGAGAUGACACAUUUGUUUUCACUGAAAGAUGCUGCGGCUGCACAAUUAAAAGUUUCAGAGCGCUGGGGACUCGAUUGGACAGUUAGUUAAAUAUACAGAUACAAUAACAACACAACGAGACAAAAUCCAGUAUGGUGAUACGUCCGACCAGAAUUGAUAUGUAUGGUUUGAUAAAUUUGUUGUAAGCAGAUUUUAUUUAUGCAGUAAUAGUGCAACUGAUGUUAUUUAUAUCUGAAUUUACAUUUCUUUGUUCAACAUAAUUGAGUUUACAUGUUGAAAUACAUAACGUAUGAUUAUUUCAUACAAGUUGAUGCAAGUAAAUCUGUUGGUAUCUAUCACUAUUUCAUAUUGGAACAAUAAAUCUCGUUGUGAACAACACACUGAGCUAAACCGCCGCCAACAGGACGCUGUAGUCUGUACCCUCCUAGUAGUCACUAUUGAAAUAUUCUCACAUAGAAUUCUUAGUUUGAGCAUAAAUUAUUACCAUCACACAUACUUUGUUAGUUACUGAUAUUAACAAUACAUAUGUAUGUAACAUUUUAAAUUUAAAGGAUAAAAUUCUUGUUGUUUUUGUAAAGUUUAUUUCGUUAUAUUUUUAUGAUUGGUAAAUAUGUUUUUUUUUUUAAUCACACUGACUGUUUCAUAAUAUUUGUUAAAAAAAAUAAUUUCAAGUGUCAAUUUUGUUUUACUCGUAAUAAAUUGUAAGCAUUAAAACCGGUAGAGGUUUAUAUGGUAUUGUGAAAAUUUUAAUGAUAAUUUAAAGUUGACUUCACUUCAUAUUGAAGUACAUAGUGGCGAAAAAAUUGAAAAUAUGUAAAGAAAAAUUAUUGAACAAUAGGUACUUUUAAAAGAUAUCUUUGUAUCUCACUGCCAAUCAGCGGUGUUACGUUCAUUUUAAAGUUUGUCUGAUAUUUAUCUAGAAUAUGUUAUACAGAUGUUAUCCUCAUAGGUAAAUUAGUAUUGAAAUAAAAAUAAAAUACAUAAAUAAAAAUAUGUCGUGCAUUUUAUUAUAUAUAGAGAACAAUGAGGAAUAGUUUUUUUUUAUUGUGGUCUUGAUUGAAAUUACAGUGAUUUUAAAUGUUUGGACUUUCUGAAGAAUGUGAUGUGGUAAAUAUAUUUCAUGCAUGUUAAAUCUUAAGGAGGGUAGAGGUUUGUUACUCGCAAGAUGUAUAGAGAUUUUCAAUUGUUCAAAUUAAUGUAUGUAAGGAUUGAAUGUCCAUUUAGUAUUUCCAUUGUAUAUAAUUGUUAGCCCGUUUGAAGUGUUUCUCUGUUUGAUAAUUUUGUUACUGGGUCCAAGGGUGACGUCAGAGAUCUCGAAAUUACAGUGGUCUUGUAAACUUGUAAUGUUUGGAUGUGUUGCGCGGCGGAUCACACGCUUCGGGUUACACCCUGUGUCAUUGGAAUGUCCUAGUCUGUUGACAUAUUGCCAUUAUUUUCAAUGUUUAGUAAAAAAAAAUUAAUAAAUAUGGGUGAACCCUAAUUUAUAAAUUAGAAUGUAAAUUUAGAAUUAUAGAUCGCAGAAAUAAUUCUACAAAAUUGUUACCUCACCGAUAGUGAAUAGUUAUCAAUUUAUUAAACAUUCAAAUACAUUGAAAAAAAUAUAUUAA